AUGAACAACGUCAACAUGGCCAACAUGAACGCCAUGGGUGGUGCUGUCGGCGUCCCGAUGAGGUCUCGAAGGGACGAAAACGGAAUCGUUGUUGGCAACGGCAUCAACGACGAUGCUAUGGACACGGAUACGAAGGACGGCAUCGAGUCCAAGCGUCCCGAGGACCUCCCGGCACCAAUCACGGUGAUGCCAUCUGACAGUUGCUUUCUGUAUGACUGGUUCUGCCUUUUCUGGGAAAUGUUCAAUGCCCAGAAGGGCAAGGCUUCGCAUCCUGGUAUUGGACAGUACAUUCAGCACAUUCAGGCACAAUCACGUCUUCGACAAGCGCAUCAACAGGACAUGCUUCGCCAGAUUCGCCCCGAAUUUCAGCAGCAGUAUAUGAUGCGGAGCAUGCAAAAUGGGGCGAUGCUUGGCAUGAAACCAGGGAACAACCUUCCGCGUACGGCUAUGGCCAACAGCCAGAACAUACCGCAAGCGAUGAACAUGCUCCAGGCGAAGCAGGUCCAGAUGCAGCAAAACCCAUCAGACAUGGAUGGCAACCGGCCGCGGCCUUCGUCUCCUGGUUCCGCCGAAAAUGCACCCUCCCCGUCAAAGAGACCCCGCAUUGACGUGCCCUUCAAUCCUAACCAAGCUGCUCUGAUGCACAAUGGUAGAGUUGCUCAAGGCAUGCCUGGCCAACAGGUAGGAUCUGGUCCUAUGACUCUUCAGUUGCAGAACAUGCUCCUCGCAAACGGCAUCAACCCAGCUUCUUUAAACGCCGAGCAGUUGCAGGCUUUCCCCAACCAGUCCCCGGCCUCCCAAGCUAAGACAAUCCAGGCAUACUCACAAAACUUGCAACAGCACCACAACGCUCAGCUGCCCAAUAAACCAAUGCCCCCAAACGUGACCGGUCCGCAGGGCCAAGGCUCUCCCAUGGCCCCGCCAGGUCCGGAUGGUGCCACAAUCAACGCUUAUUACAAUGCUGGUGAAAUGGGAGGCCAAGGCAUGCGCGCUGGACCCGGUGCUGCCCAGGCCGGUGGCGGCAGCAACCAUGCUCUUCAGGACUACCAGAUGCAGCUCAUGCUUCUCGAGCAGCAGAACAAGAAGCGGCUCAUGAUGGCGCGACAGGAGCAAGACGUUAUGGGCGGGAUGGGUCGUGGAGACGGCACGCCUGGCGCGGCGGGUGUGCCGGGCGUGCAGGUGCCUCCGGGCGCCCAAGGGCCACCAGGAGCUCCCGGGGUGCCUGUGGUGGCCGGGGGCCCUGGCGUGCCGGGAGUCCUCGGAGGGCCGGGGGCGCCAAAUGCUAGCCAGCCAUUCCAGGGUGCUUCGCCUCAGGGUGGGCGGCCAGGCGCAUCACCCAACCCUGUUGAUCAGAUAAAGCGCAGCAACCAGCAGAUGGCCAAUGCCGGCAUGGGCUCACCUCUGCCCGACAACCCACAGUCUCGUGGCUCUCCCAACAGCGUCAACUUUAUGGCAGCACACAUGGAGCAGACAAUGGCACCUGGCUACAGCAUCGUCGGACCGCAGAUGAACGGAAUGCGGACACCGGGAUCCCACCCUGGGAUGCAGUUCAACGGCCAGAUGAACACACAGUUGAUGGCGCGCCAGCAACAGCAACAACAGCAGCAGCAGCAACAGCAGCAACAACAACAGCAACAACAACAGGCGGCUGUGGCUGCAGGCCAAGGCACACCGCAGAUGCAGUGGCAACAGCAGCCCGGGGCACCGAAUGGUGGCCAGAUGGGCGGUCCACAAGGGCCACAAGCCCAGCAGGUGCAGGGCACGCCGCAACAACGGUCCAUGCCACCACCGUCGGGACCGGUUGCUAACGCUGUUGGCAACACGAACCAGCGAACGCAGACAGCAUCGCCGCAGACGGGCACAGCUGCACCACCGACGCCACAGCAGUCCUCCAAGGCCAACCCGAAAAAGAAGGACGGCAAGGGUGCCAAAAAGAAAUCUCAGACGGCCGCACAAAAGAAGUCUGGCACGAACCUCAAUGCUGCAGCUACUCCGGUGGCUGAAGCGUCGGUGGAACCUGAGCCUCCCACCCCUGCCACUCCGAUCACGCCGGCCAACCCGACACUUUCGUUUAAUGGAAAGGUACCUGGUCCGAACGUGACGGUGCCCGCUGGCCAGGCCGUGGCGAAUGGACAGGCGGUCCCUCCAGCUGCAUCUGCGGCAGUAGCACCACCGCAGCAGAUCCACGCUGAUCCGAACCAAAACGCGUUCACUGUGGAAAACACGCCAAUGGGCUUUGGGCUUGAGUUUGCUGACCCGCUCACGACUACGGACGUGCUAAACGACUUUGACUUCGACACCUUCCUCCACGACAGUGCGGAUGACCCGAACAGUUUCGACUUUGGCUCUGCAACGUUCGGGCUGGAAAACCCCGGCGAAAUUGGAGCCGAGUAG